AUGGUCCCGCCAGGCGACGUUGCGUAUCCAGCGACAUUCAUCAUCGAUCGACUGCUGUUUGCGGCGGGAAUGUCGUGUCUCAAGGACUCGGCCAGAGGCCAGUAUUGCGACUCGAUUGCCGCGACGCGGCUGAACCAGGCGCAGAACUGUUCAGAGUGCGCCCUCGCAGCGCAGGCCAAGCAGCUUGCGUCGCCCUUUGGCUACAACUCGGCCGCAGCCUCCGACUUUGCCGUGACCACGUCGAGCUGUGCGGCAAACUCGUACGGCUAUGCCACCCCAACCGCGUACGCGCUCAACGGCACCACCGGAGGCCCUUGGCCGGCACCGAGCUGCGCGAGCGGCCGCACAUACGUGAUCAAGAAGGACGACGACGGCUGCAACGCAAUUGCCGGUGCGCAAAACGUGUCCACCGAGGCUCUCAUCAGCGUCAACGGCCUCGACGUGGACUGCAACUCGAUGCCGGCCGUCGGCGCGUCGCUUUGCCUGCCCGCCAGCUGCAGCAUCUACCAGGUGCAGCCUGACGACAGCUGCGCCGACAUCGCGGCAGCUGCCAACAUCACCAUCGGCCAGCUGCUGGCGUGGAAUCCCGUCAUCAGUCCUGGGUGCACCACGCUGACGGCCUGGGCCGGCAGGUACAUCUGCCUGAGCUCCCCCGUCGGCACCGUGCAGGUCCACCAGGGCCACGCCGCAACCACUGAGGCGCCCCUCCCGACCGCCACCCAGCCAGGCUCCACUGCCCGCUGCGCGCAGUGGUACAGCAUCCGCUCGGGGGACACGUGCGCGUCCAUCUCGCUGGCCUUUGCCCUCUCUCUCGACGACUUUCACUUUCUCAACUCCGGCGUGGACAAGGCGACCUGCAACAACCUCUGGCUCGGCUACUCGUACUGCGUCAAGCCGGUCGGCGACAUCGAGACCUACGCCGGCUACCCCGUCUCCGUCCCCUCGACGACCUUUGCGAAGCCGCCGCCCGAGACGCCCGUCCCCAUCCCGUCCUUGGACCCUCCUGCUCUCCUGCCACGGGCCCCCGACACCAUUGACGGAUGCCAGCUCUACAUGAAUGCGUACCCGGACAGCCUUGCCGCCAGCGACGCCGACCUCAACAGCUGUCGUGUCUGGGCUAGCUUCGCCGACAUUACCUUGGCGCAGCUGAAACGAUGGAACCCCAGCCUCAAGGACAGACGUGACGACGACUGUUUUGUGUCCUCGCAGCACAGCUAUUGUCUCCUCAAAGAAGACGACAUGAACGAUCCCUUGUCGGUCUACACUUCCACGGCCGCAGCAACACCAACCACUCCCGCAACCUCCCCCCCGCCGGCAGAGACGCAGUCGGGCGCGGCCGAGGACUGCAACAAGUGGCACGUCGUCCAGAGCGGAGACGGGUGCUACGACCUUGCCCAGGCCAAUGGCAUCUUGCUGGACGACUUUUAUAAAUGGAAUCCGGGCGUCGGCCAGGACUGCGCGCAACUGUGGCUGGGCUACGCCGUGUGCGUUGGCGUGUAA